AUGACCAAUGUCACCUUGGUGGCAGGAUUUCUCCUUGUGAGGUUUUCUGAUAUCCCAGAACUUCAGAUAUUAUAUGGGGUACUCUUCCUAGUGAUUUACUUGGCUAUCCUAAUGAGUAACCUUCUCAUCAUUACUCUCACUACCCUAUGCCUGCAGCUACAAACACCCAUGAACUUUUUCCUGAAGAAAUUGUCUUUCCUGGAUGUCAUCUUUGUGUCUGUCCCAAUCCCCAAAUUCAUUGUCAACAGCCUAACUUACAACAGAUACUGUUCCUACCUAACUUACAACAAUUCUAUUCCCACCUUAAGAUGUGCCUUCCAGCUAUUUUCAAUGACUUCCUUCUCAGCAGGUGAGAUAUUUGUCCUCACUGCCAUGCCCUAUGAUCAGUAUGUAGCUAUACAUUGUCCCCUGCACUAUGAGGUAAUCAUGAAUGCUGAUGCCUGUGUACUGAUGGCAGGUGUUUCCUGGGCCACUGGGGGACUCUUUAGAGCUCUGUACACUGCUGACACAUUUUUUAUGCCAUUCUGUGGCUCCAAUGUGAUCCCACAGUUUUUCUGUAAUGUUUCCUCAUUGCUAAGGAUUUCCUGUCCUGAAACGCUCCUGGUAGUUUACACAAGUAUUGGAAUAGGUAUGUGUUUAGGUAUGUCUUGUUUCAUCUGUAUUGUGACAUCUUAUGUUUAUAUAUUCUCCACUGUGCUGAAGAUUCCAACCAUAAAAGGCCAAUCAAAAGCUUUCUCCUCAUGCUUUCCCCAUCUCAUUGUUUUUACUCUUUUUGUUAUAACUGCUUGUUUUGUUUAUCUCAAACCAUCCUCAAAUCCACCUUCAGUUAUUGUCAGGCUGUUUUCUGUGAUCUACACUGUGGUACCUCCAAAACUUAACCCCAUAAUCUACAGCCUGAGGAACAAGGACAUGAAAUGA